AUGCCAGACAGAUCCGGUGAGAAAUCAAGAGAGAGAUCAAGAGAGAGAUCAAGAGAGAGAUCGAGAGAGAGAUCUAGAGAACCUUCUGAUCGGAAAAGGAUCUCUUCAGCAGUUGUUGUAUCCAAAUCUUUCCAAAAAGCCCACGAUAAAAGGUAAGUGAAAUGCGUUCAGAUCAAGCCAACCGAAGAACAGAUAAGCAAAUGGCUGGCACAAGCGUGUGUAUUUCGAUCCUUUUCUGCAAGAAUACUACCUGCCGUGUUAUAUUUAUCCCUCUAAAGAUUUCCAUUUACAGUUCAGCUUUCCUUAGUAGGAGAUUUAAUUCCUGGAUAUGUUUGUGAGAAGUCGAAAAACUGAUUUAUAUGAAUUGCUUAUGCUCAAACUAUACUAAACAAUAUUAACUUUUGUCAGCAAAGAUCCCGCGGUCGUUUCGAACAUGUUAUUGGGUGUAUUGAUUUGUUUUGUUUUGUUUUUUUGUUAUUUAGAGAUUCUAUUAAAGAGAGAAGAGGCUACAGACAGAGAUCUCCUGAUAAUGACCGUGAAUCAAACCGAGGAGAACAGAGACUCCAUAUGGACCGGGAUGAGAAUAGAAGAGAGCAUCGAAAACAGAACAUAAGUGAGCGACUUGGGCAACGACCAAGAAAGAGUGAUUCCCAAGAAGAACGGGAAGACAACGAGGAUCCCAGCACCAGUAGAUGGAAACAGAGAAAUGAGCGUUAUUGUGAGUACAUUUGCCGAAUAGGUUCUUGGAUUCAUACUAUUCUCUAGUAAACAUGCCAACCCAGAUCCCCAAAGAACCUUCCAUCACAGGCGCCUGCAUUUGACCCACUCCCCCUAGGUUAAUAGUUGUUUCACCGCGGAGACAUCUCCUUAUGUCUCCCUCAGGAGAGACAAAAAAGAAAUCAGAAAGGUUAUUAGGAGAAAGGAAGAAGAAGAAAAUGCUGAUGAAUUGAACACCAAAUUCUCAGAACUUAAAUUUUGAGAUAUGUGUCGCAGACAGUGUGGAGGGUUGCCAUUUACAUCUAAGGAGCAAUGGCGCGAAGGAUGCUUAAUCUGGAGAUCCCUCUUGCAAAUCUGUCCCCCUGCCUCAACUGGAUUUUUUUUCUCAGCUGGUAGUCCUUUGUUAAACUCCUUGAUCAUGCUGUUAAAUGCUCACUAGUAAACCCCAAAGAGGAAUUUUAAACAAUUUGUUUUAUAAAAUGAUAUGUUUAACUGUUUUUUGAUGUAUUUAGUGAAGAGAAGCCUAAACUACAUCAUCACCAAGUAAAGUUAUACAUUUAUCCAUUUUGUUACAAGACAACUAUGGUCAGGGUAGCCCUCAAUUUAACAAAUCUUAUCCAAUUUUACAGCUCAACAAGGUAGAGGAGCAGUUUCAAAUCCAAACAGACGCACGGUGUUUGAUCGGCUUGACUCAGGCCCACCUCGAGAUAGAAUGUCCAACAGAACUCAACAAAGUGCAGGGUUGUGGGACCAGAGAAUGGUUGAAGUGGAUGUCAAUCCACAAGAUGUGCCACGAGGAAAACGUUAUUUCAUGGUGUGUAUAUGUUAGUAGUCUCUUGAGCUGCACAUGUUUGGCAGAGCUGAUCGAGCCACAGAAGGGUCUUCGAAGGUUCCAGACUUCACUUUCCCCCCCCCCCUCCCAUUCAGAUCAGUGGAUUUUUUAUCACCUUGCCUCACAUCUAAAUUUUGCAACAACAGGAUUUCUAGUUCUUACUUAUUUUGAAGUAUUUAGAUCAUGCUUGCCUUGAACUAUUUCCCAGCUUGUGUAUGUUUCAGUAUGAGACAAAAGUUUUGUGUCUUCUAAAUCCCCCCACCCCCCUCCUGCAAUCUAACAUUCUUGGAUCCACCCCAAGCUAAUCCUAAUUGAUGAAGUAGUCUCAUGAAAUAUUUAGAGAGUCCCAGAUCUAAAAUAUGUCCCUCUUCCUGCAAUUAGCCUAAGCUUUAGCCAGCAUGAAAAGUAUAUCUGAAUGAUCUUUCUCAGUAGACCUCUUCAGCUUUGAUGUUUUGUUUACUCAUUUCUAUUGAGGUUUCAAACAAAAGUACAGGAAGCUAGAGAAUACUUGAGUCUUUCAAAGAAAAAUUAGGGGUGCAGCUGAGGAAACAAAAGUCUAGAGAUUGGUAGGAAUUGUCUCAACAAGGUCAACAUUGUUCCCUUAACCAUAAAAUCAUUGUCUAAACCAUUAUCUAAAAUUUUUUCUUGACUUUUGUUUUAUUUUGUCAAUUAUUAGCACGAUGAUCGUGAAUUACCUAGAAGGCAGAAAUCUGACAGAUCAAGAGCUCGUUCAAGAAGUCCAUUGUGGGUUCAUGAUAAGUUUGAUGACCUUAAUACAGAGGAGAGUAAGGUAAGAAGUCUUUCAUACCUUGCCUUUCAUUUGUUGUCAUGUGUGAUUUGAUGGGUUUUGGGAGGGUUGAUUUCAUCUUCUUCACUGAAGCCUAUUAGAAUACUGAAGGGAAACACCAGGCUUGUAAUGCUAUCAAGUAACUGAGGUGCUUUGGCUCUUAACCUUUUUAAACCCUCAAAUCCGUUAUAAGUUUUCCAUACUGUUCUCCAUUUGUUUUCUAUGGUGCUUACAAAGAGACUUUACUUUACAAUCAAGAGUCUCUUGACCUUGAAAUCAUUUUCUUCAUGACCUUAAGGUUAACCCUAAGUGUUGUCUUUCUGUGCUAUUUACUUUAUGCAAGUGAAAGUGAGAUGUAGUGCUGUUGGUUGCUGUUACAUCCUGGUUGUUGCACUGUAAUUCAGUAACCCAGGCCCAUCUAACAAAUUUUCCAUUUUCAGAAUGAUGAUGAAGCAGCUCAAAAUGAUGAUGAUGAUGGUGAUGAUGAUGCCGCAAUAGAAAUGCAAGACAUUGAAGUCUCACAAGAGGAGCGAAGGGAGAGAUCCAGGGAUGGGCCCAGGCAUAGAGAAAAUCAGCGCCACAACUAGUUAGCCUUAUCUGUAGGGAGCCUGUCUCCUAGACAUAUUAGAUCAGCAAAAGGUUCUGUAGAAUUGUGGGGUCAUUUGAAUCACUCACAUUAAUGAAGCACUCCAUGGUCCAGAAGAGGCUAAACUGCAUUCUCAGAUAAAUCUCUCUUUUUCAAUUUUUUAAGGGAGCAGUAAACACAUAUCUUACUUCUUGACUCCUUGGUCAGACUCCCAAUAAAUCUUG